ACUUUAGCUUUAUAAGGAUUUCUACUAUCAACAUCUCCAAUGCAAUUAUUGGCAGUUCGCAAGGCGGGUUUUUGGCAUCGCCGGAUGCAUUGUCUUCUAUUUGUGCAACAGUAAGAAGCAAUGAACGCUAAGCCAGUACUUUAAGUUAUUCAUCAAUUUCAAGCCCACACAAUGUCACAAAUUCUUGCAAAAAUGCCGCAAAUUAUAUGCAAGUGCUUCAAAAUGAUGCCUCUGUCUCCUGCUACUAAUAAUUGUUUUAUCAGAACUUACCUUACUAUAUGCAGACCACAUAAAUAUUUGUUACCAGGAGUAGAUGUGACUAAAGAAAGGACAGUUUUAUUACAGCCAAAGUCUCGAGGUUUUAUUAUAUAUUGGCAACGUUGGAAAAGUGAUUUUCUACAAACACUUCCAAAAAUAAGUCAGGCAAAUUUCGGGUCAAAAAUAAACCAUGAUCUUAGGCGGUUUUUAGAGGAGAUUGGAACGGAUCCAAAGGAGGCCCGCUAUUGGUUGAAGCAGUUUCAAAACAUUGAGCAGAUGCCAUCCAAGAUCUUUGCAGUUGUUCAAGUCCAUCAAGAUAUAUUUCAGCAACCUAAGAUGCUUGAAGCCCUGAGUUCCAAUCUGUCUUUCCUUUUUCGCAAUGACAUGAUCUCACUAAUAGUUCAUGGUGCCACAUUUUCUGAGAAUGUUCAACCUACUCCAGAUGAACUGAGGGCAAGUCGACGGCAAGUUAACCAAGAGACGAUGACAAUGGUGAACUUUCUACACGCAAGUGGAACACCAGCCCAUCCGUUGUUUUCAGGCAGCAACGUCCUAAAAGCCGAUCCGGCCAGUGAUGGCAGCAUGAUGGGGAAAGUUGUAAGCGUCAAUACAGAGCCAUUAGAAUGGUGUUUAGGGAGUGGGCAUAUGCCAGUGAUCAGUUCAGUCGGUGAAACGUCAAGUUCUCAGCUAGUCAGCAUAGAUGUCCAUCAAGCUACCACUGAGAUUGCGAAGGCAGUACAACCGCUGAAGGUGCUAUUCCUGAAUAAUCAUGGCGGAAUUACGAAUAAUAGGGGACACGUGAUUGGUGAAAUUUUGAUUCCUGGUGAUCUUGAGAAGCUGAUGAAGGAAGCUUGGUAUACAAAAGCAAUAGAAAACAAAGUUGAUACUAUGGUAACGCUGCUGGAACAACUUCCAUCAACGUCUAGUGUCGUCAUCACAUCUGCUACUACACUCCUCACAGAGUUAUUUACCCGACAUGGCGCUGGCACGCUAUUCAAGAAGACUGAUCCAAUCCUUGAAAUGACGAAUCUAAAUGAUGUAAAUAUUUCCCGAUUAGGCGAUCUAAUGACAAGGGCUUUUGGUAGGCCUCUAAAGGAUGAGUAUUUGCGGGACAUAUCUUCCAGAUUGAACACCAUCUACAUAUCAGAAAGCUACGAUGCUGCAGCUGUUAUAACCAACGAGGGCGACACAAAUGUUCCUUACUUGGAUAAGUUUGUCAUCAGCACCCAAUCUCAGGGAGAGGGAACAAGUGACAUGCUGUGGGAUGUGAUACGAGCAAAGUUCAAUCAACUCUUCUGGAGGUCUCAACAUUCCAAUAAAAUCAACCCAUGGUAUUUUAAACGAUGUGAAGGGAGUUGGAGUAACAGCAAAUGGACAGUGUUUUGGUACGGUAUCAACGACCCUAAGCUCUCAUAUACUCUGGUUGACUAUGCAGUCAGGUUAAAGACAUCCUUCAUUGAAGCUAAUGAUUCCUCCUCGAUUCUACCACCCAAGAUGGAAUCAAGUUCAAACGUGUGAUUGAUCGACAAAAAAUUGGGCAAUAUUUUCUCUAGUUUUAUUAUUUUUAAUAUUAUUAUUUAGAUAUUCUUUUUUUAUGAAGUCUACAAAAAAUUGGUAAUGGUUAAACUAUAAUUGGUAGUAUUUAUUUAGUCACAAGUUUGGUUUCCCCUUACAUAUUUAUGAAAUGUUUUAUGGUAUUGGUUUUAUGGUAUUUCUUAUGGUUUGAUACUUUUACAUAUUUACACACUAUUCCCAGUCUUUCUUCUAGGAUACCAGCUUUGCCCUCUAAUUUCCAGCAUUUCAUCUGAGUGCCUUAUCCUAAAUGUUCCUUUCUGGACUUGUCUUGGUUUCCAACCUUUUGUCAGUGGAUUCUUCAACUGUGAAAUUCCAAGCCUUCCCCCUAGGUUUCCAGGCUUUGGGUUACUGGCUACUGCUAGAAUUUUAUUAUCAAAGUCCUGAGGCCUUAGGCUUGUGGUUAGUUACUUCCACAGUAGUGUUCCCCUACUGUUUAAUUGAACUUAGUUGUAUUUGGUCAGUGUGUGUGACUGGUGUGUGGCAAGUAAAUGCACUAAAAACAUUUAGCUGUUUAGCUGGAAUUUUUUUCAGUGUUAGCUCAGGUUUAGUUUCAUCAUUUCUUCGUCCAAAUGUUUGUAGAGUAUUUAAUACAUAUUAUUUUUAGUAACACAUUUUUAGUAACUGCUUGCCCUAAACUAGAGACUUGAAUAUUUUUUAAUAUGAAUAUUAUACUGGACCUACUAAUAUAAUUAUAUAUAUAUGGAAUAUAUUUUAGGUAUGUAUUAUAUAAAUACUAUGUAACAUAUAUGACAUGAAAUUGUGGUUUUUUUUCCCAAAUUUUUGAAGUGUAUAUAUUGUACUUAUUCAAGAUUUAUUUUCUAUAGUGUAUGUUUUUUAAAUAGUUUUUACAACAAAGCUGAGAAGUUUUCCUGUUGUGAGUACAAUAACCUGGGGUAAAAAAACUGGCAAUUUUCUUUGAUCGUAAAUCACCCUAUAAAUUUCUAAAAAGUCAAUGUAUAAAUGGUCAAUGAUUUAGAAAAAGUGGAAAAGUUGAAGACAGCAGCUGAAUAAGCUAAGUAUAUUUAUGAUGAGGCUUUGUACUUGAAAAUUGGAGUGGACUUUCAGAGGCCUAGCAUUUCACUCUACGUAGUUACCAUCAUGGAUUAAAUGAACGAUAACACUAAAUUACUAACAAGCACAAAGAACACGAAAUGUUUAUAUUAAAAAGAAGUCUAAGUCUUAAAAAGCUAUUUCAGUGCUUACAUAUACAGUAAUUACUGUAAUUUGCAAGUUCGUAUCUUUGUCUACCGGCGAUAUCCGCUGCGUGGUGCUCCAUUUGUACCUAGCCAGCAGCUCAGGUUAGGCCCCUGAAAGUCCCCCAGUGAGUUGUGAGACGUUGGCGGCAUGGACAUACACCAGUUUUUUUGUCAAAGAAAAUUUUAUAAUCUGGACAGAGGUUUAUGUAGUAUAUAUUUUAUCAUUUGGUAGGCAUUUUAAAAUCAUCCUUUUUAAUUUUACAAUUUUAUGAUUACUUUUAUUAUUAUUCAAGUUGGUUAACAAAUUAUUUCAUUUUUUCAUAAGCUAUAAAAAGUUAAACCAAAACAUUGGUAAAGUUAGAUAUUAAUCAUUUUUUUAAAGAUGUACUGUCUGUCAUGAGCUAAAAAGAUUGAAAAAUUCAAUUCCAUAUUUGAACUCCUUAAUUUGUAUAUUUAAGUAUGUUAUUAAUUUGCAAUUAAGAAUUUUAAUGAGAAAAUUAACGGAUAAUUUAAUAAUACCUAUGCUGUAUUCUGUUGCAUAGAUUCUUAAAUUGGCUGGUAAUCAACUUAAGGAUUUUUGUUGGAUGGCAUAAAGGGUAAAAGGUAGAAAGUAUUUCUGGAACUAUCUUGAAAACAUUGAUGUUGUUGAAAAUCUAUUAUUUACAUUCAGAACAAAGGAAGUUUACAAAAUAUGUAUAAGAACAAUUAAAGUAAUGCUUCCCCUUUAAUGAAAUAAAGUUUUGAUACAUGUGCUAAAGAUACAGUGACUACAAUAAGAUCUGAAGAACCUCAAGCAUAAUACAGUUAUAUUGAAAAUAAACUUUGGUAAUGUUAAAUUGAAUAUUUAAUGAUAUGUGGUAGUACUUAAAACCCCUCAAACAUUUAUUUAAACACUGAAUUGCUCAUUUGAAGACCUCAAGUAAGUUAAUUUCCAAUGCAGCAAAAUUUUAAACAAUAUACACUAGUACCAAAAUCACUAAUAUGUCUAAGAGGUCCAACUGCCCUGGUUUUGUAUGCAGGUAAUGAAACGUUAAAAAUAGUACUACCACAAUAUAGGGGUACCUUUUACAUUCUUUUGAAGGACGCCCUCUAGUUCGUGGUAGUAAUUUCUUUUAGAUAGGAACUGCAUUCAAAGGAAACUCAGUCGGACAUCUUGCAUUCUAUACUCUUUGUUUAUACCAAGAAUGGACGUUCCGUUAAGCUCCUUGGAUAUUGCUGCUGAAGUUCCACAAAAAAAAAAAACAAAAAAAAAAACAGCUUAAAUGUACUCUGUUCUAAUGGUUAGUUGUUAAAUUUGAUUGACACUCAAAAAAAAAAAAUUAUGUAAAUUUAUGGUUUACAUAAUAAUGAAUGUAUACAUGUUAUGUGUUUUACACUGCCAAUUGCAUUGGUAUUUAAUACUUCAAAACCUUGCAAUAUAGAUAUUUUUUGUUGGGUAUGGUGCUAUUACAAGUGUAGAGAAAUAAUCUAAAACAAUAAAUAACCUUUUGACUAGUCUUCCCCAUAAAUAUAUUUGGUAUGAAUGUAUGACAAUGCAUCAAAAUAUAAUAGAGAUUUCACAGCAUAUCAUCAACCUGUCGGCUGUUCCGCUGAAUGGUGCAAAUGGUCUAUACGCUACCUCAUUUUGAACAUACAAAAUUUAUGGAGAAAUAAAAGGAACAAUUAUGUCCUCACUCAGUGUGGCAGUCUGGGGAAAUGUUUCCCAUUGGGCAAGCAUAUACCACAUCAUCGGAUACCACUUGUGGACAUCAGACUAAAAGUAUUAAUUUGCCGAUUGAACAAAAUUUGUCAUUGCCAUUUUCUCUGAGCACAUCCUAAAUGAUAAAAAAAAAAACUUGUUCGACCCCUUGUUGGACCGAAAAGUUAGGCUUCUUUGACACAUCUGAUUUGUGGACCCCACCACUUUUUUGGCCUUAUACAGUAAUACUUACUUUUUGUUAUUUUGUAACAUGCAGCUGAACUUUUCUGUACAGCGUCUGAACAUGUCACUGUAGAACCUCUCUAUUAUUUAUUACAUGGAUAAUGUUCUGAUGGUAAAAGGAGGUUUAUUAACAAACAUCAAUAAAGUUUGGUUUAGCGUUUUAUAUA